AUCACUUUAGGAAAUCACAUUGGCUUUUUAUAUCAUAUUUGAAUUGGAAAAAAUAAAAAUACUUAUGAGCUACUUGAAGACAGUAUAUGUGGAGUGAUUUGUUUUACAGGCGGCGCGAGGACACCAUUUGGCUUAACUGGGGCAGCGUUGGAAGCCAUUGCGUCGUCGGCAGUUAGCAGAGAGCAGUUUGUUCUCUGUCCUUUCUUCGUAAUUAAUAUUUUUAGACAUUAAAGUAGUUGGAUACGCAGCAGCAUGUUUAACCGGAUGACAAGCUUGUGGAUGGGGGAUUUGGACCCCUACAUGGAUGAGAAUUUCAUCAAAGAAGCAUUCAGUGCCAUGGGAGAGACUGCUUGUGGAGUUAAAAUCAUAAGUCACCGAGUAACUGGAGGUUCUGCUGGCUACUGCUUUGUAGAAAUGUCAGAUGAAGCCAGUGUUGACCGCUGUGUUCUCAGACUGAACGGGAAGCUAGUUCCAGGAUCCAAUCCGCCCAGAAAGUUUAAGUUAAACUAUGCGACAUAUGGCAAAAGACCAGAGGCAGGGCCAGAGUAUUCUGUAUUUGUCGGCGAUCUUACUCCGGAGGUGGACGACUUUCAGCUCCAUCAGUUCUUCAUGAAGAAAUACUCCACGUGCAAAGGGGGCAAAGUGGUCACCGAUCCGUAUGGAAACUCAAGAGGCUACGGCUUCGUCAAGUUCGGCGAUGAAAACGAGCAAAGGAAGGCUCUGGAGGAGUGCCAGAAUGCCAGCGGUCUGGGGGGCAAGCCCAUCCGCAUCAGCAUCGCCGUCAACAAGGGCAACAAGAUGAAUAACUAUCAGCAAAAUUACAACUACAACAAUUACAACUACAACAAUUAUGGCAAUUACAACGGCUAUCAGCAAUCAUACUACCAGCAACCUUACCAGAGCUACUACCCACAGUGGGGCUAUGACCAGUACAGCAGUUACAGCUACGGCUACGGGUCUUAUGGGGCACCCCCCCCGGGUCCUGGCAUGAUGCCUCCGCCCCCUCCCAUGGGCAUGCCUCCCAUGCCACCAAUGCACACGGACACCCUCACGUCUGCUGAGCACACCGAAGGGUCUGCAGAGGAUGCUGAUGAAGCUGUUGAAGACCCCAACCCCCAGCUGGAUGUGGAUGCUCUCAACAGGCAGUACAUGGAGCGCAGUGAGGAGCUGUACGAUUCGCUCAUGAAUUGUCACUGGCAGCCACUGGACAGCGUCACCUCCGACAUCCCGGCCCUGGCCAGCUCCUGAGGGUCCUGGCCAUCCCCCUCCCAUCCAGUGUGUGUGUGUGCGUGCAUUGGGGUGCCUCUGGGGAUCAACAGCCAUUAAAAAUACCCUCCCUUUACUGAUUUUUAUAUGUAAUUAUUUGGUACUUUCAAUGGGUGGUGGUGUACUCCAGAGGUGUUUCACGUCACACGUUGAGGACUGUCUCUCCUCCUCCUGUUUCUCCCGGUGGCGUUGUUUACCCUCUCGUGCAUGGGGACUCUCUGCCCGGCACGAGCGGGGGACUCUCUGUCCGCGCGAGCCGAGGUUGGUCUGACCCGGCUUGUGCCACUUGGACCACUGCAUCUGCCUUUCUGCUUCGACUCGGAUGGAUGGAUGGACUCUCCAUUUGGCUGUGAAUGAGGGUGUUGCUGAUGGUGGUGGGUGGGGGGGUCUGAGCGCUGGAGUGUAGUGGCCAUCGCGUAAUCCUUACCUUCUGAAGUGAUCACCUGUACAGCCGUGGGUGGAGCACUGCCCUUCUCAGACUGCCGUUGGAGGCACAUCGCUCGUCACUGCCUGCCAUAGCUUUUAUAUAUUAUAUAUAAAUGUGGUGUAAAUUGAACAAUUUGGUGUGUCGUGUGUAUAUAUCUUUUUUUCUUGUUUUGAAUUACUGUCUGCCAUUAUUAAAGACAGAAACUGGUUACUCUGGGAGGUCAGCUGUUGUCUUCAAAUUCUCUGAGUGUGGGGCAUUUCGUGGUACUUCCUCCUGUCUAAGGUCUUGCUGAAGUAGAAGAAUAUAAAUUGGCACGACGCCGGAUGUGUUAAGGACCCUUUCUUUGCGGGAACUCCAGUCGAGUGUCUUUAAAAAGGAUGUUUGUAAACAAAGUAGAAUGCCAACCAUAUUUUAGGUGGAAACGCCUCUCAUCAUCAUGGCUAAGAUAUUUCAUAGAAAAAUUUUGCUUUCAGUAGAACUUCCGCUUUCCGUUUAAAGUUUAUUUUCUUAUAAGACCGUCAAACGUUUCAUGUAUUUUUGUAUUAAAAGUCAUCGAUAUUUUUAAGUACUCUGGCCAGAAAGAGCGGCUCGAUGCUUGGGGAUCUGAUAUUCAGACAGACACUAAACCUAUACGGAAGAGCUUUACUUGAUGAAGGAAUGUUUGUUUCUAUGUGCGGCAAACACCGACCACGUACUGCGCUUGCUAGUUCCGUCCAACUCUACGGAAACGGCGGCGAGGUUACACAUCUGUUAUUUAGCUUCUGAUAUUUUUUGUGAAGCUCACUGAAGUUAUGGUUGAAAUUCUGUACGUAUUCUCCUGUUGCAGUCGUUUAUAGAAAUAAACUUGGGCAUACGGAAGAUUAUAA